AUGUUCAGCAACAACAAGAUCUUCGCUCUCUGCAUCGCCGCUGUGGCUCUCUCAAGUGGUGCACACGCCGAACAGCAAGUGGCCGAGACGUUCGGACUACUCGGUGUCCCUGGCGUCGGUGUCGGAGUGGGUGUUCCAGGUGUGGCUAGCGUCGGAGUGGGUGCCCCCGGAUACGUCGGUCCAGGCGUUAGUGUCGGCGUUCCGGGCGUUGCUAGCGUUGGUGUGGGCGUACCUGGUGUC